AUGGGUCUUGGUGAGGGGCCGAGGUGCGUUCUGUACUGCUUCCACCUUUUUCUCUUGGGGACGAAUGAGACCCCUCCCAACUUGAAAACCCAGGUACCUUGCUUCGAAGAGCGCCAGAUGACAUUUCUUGGGGUUGGCUGUGAGCCCAGCCCGCCGGAGUUCAGACAGCACCCCUCCGCAAAAGCUCCAGGUGAUCCUCCCAGAUGUGCUGUAGUUUCUUCUAUUCCAGCGGGAGCUACCUACAGCUACUCGUGUGAUGGGAUGGAGGGACGCUAUGUUACGGUGAAUAUUCCUGGAGACUCAAAGAUUCUUACUCUCUGUGAAGUGGGAGUCUACGUUAUCUCAGGUAAUUUGGCGAUAGGAAGAACCGCCACACAAUCAUCCACCUAUGGAAGCUGGUCUGCUGAACAAGCCAUUGACUUCAAUCCAGGUUUUAUACAGCCAUCGACAUUGUGUUCCUCAACCGAUACUCAGACUAACCCAUGGUGGAGGCUUGAUCUGGGCUCUGUGUACAGAGUUAAUAGAGUGGUCGUCACAAACAGACUAGACUGCUGUCCAGAACGAAUAAAAGCUGAGAUUCACAUCGGAAACUCUUUGGAGAACAACGGCAACAACAAUCCCAGAUGUGCUGUGAUUCCUAGUAUUCCAGCUGGCGCUUCCUCCACCUUCACAUGUAACGAUAUGGAGGGUCGAUACGUCAAUCUGUUCAUUUCUGUAAAUUCACAGUAUCUUACUCUUUGUGAGGUGGAGGUCUAUGGAGAAGACGACACUUGUGAAGAAGGAACUGAAGUCUGAGUCUGUCUGAAACUCCAGCUCCAGUCACAGUCCGUUCUGGUGGAAAGAGGCUUUUCUGACGCCGCGCUGCUGUGAUCUCAACCACAGGAAAAGGAAGUGAUGUUGAAGGAAGCUGCGCCAAGUCAAUGUGUUCAUACAGGCACUGUAAAACUGAUAAGGUUGCUUAUGAAUUGCUUAUGAAUUAAGAAGUUUUGCAUUCAGUAUAAGAACAUAAACAAUAUAUCUUGAAUUUUAAUCAUAAAAAAAAUUACAUCUAAGGUCUGGGUCAUGUUUGUAAAGAUGGAAACCUGGUUUCAUAAAGAAAUAUGUAACUUUGAGAGUGGUGCUAAAACACGGUUUCAAUACACAAACUCUUUUUAUUACCAUGACUCGGGUAAAAAUUGCUGUGUUUUUAUCAUGUUGCUUUAGUUAUGUAUUUUACGGUUCAGUUGCAAAAGGUUAAUGCUGGAAAUAUGCCCUACACCAAAUCCUACCCUAAACCUACCUGAUAGUGUUAACAAAUGUGAAACUGAUAGAAAAAG